UGUUGUGUUUUUUCCAUUUUCUAAUAGAGCUCCCAUAAAUGUAUAUAAUGUAAUUGUUUUUGUUUGAUUUCAUUUAUAUGUUGCGUUACUCAAACUUUGAUCUUACGAUUCUAGGGAAAGGAGAAUAUGUACAAUUACGAAUUUUUAGAGAAGCAUACCUAACAGCGAAAUUUCCCCGGAAUUUGACACUUUGGAUAAAACUGAAAAAAGCGGCGGGAUGUGGCCCACAGAUAAAGCGUUCGCUUGAUGCGCGGUCAGUCAAGGAUUGAUCCUCGUCGGUGGACCCAUUGAGCUAUUUCUCGUUCCUGCCAGUGCUCCACAACCGGUGUAACAAAGGAUGUGGUAAUAAUGGUGUUAUUAGUUGACUUUGGUUGCUACAUGUAUGUAGCUUAACCAUAAAAAGGUUGACUUCCAAAAUGAAGAGAGGGACAGCUGCCAGUGCUUCAAGUCAGCCAACGGUACGAAAACUGCCUCGACUUCAGCCUUCUACAUCACAGACAGAAAAACAGGGACUUCCAGACAAACAUACCAGUUGCAAGCCUGGUUUGAAACGAGCAGGACAUUAUUUGUUAGGUCCACGUUUGGGUUCAUCUCCUGUAAGAAGUAUUGUACAAUGCUUGGCAAGGAAAGAAGGAACAGAUGACUUCUACACCAUCAAGAUAUUGACGAUGGAGGAGCCUGAGUGGGAGACACAGGACGACAGACAGGGCAAGAUGUUGAUGCACACCGAGUAUUCACUGCUGUCUCUUCUGCAUGGUCAGGACGGGGUUGUACAUCACCACGCACUCUUCAAGGACGAAGCGUGGGAGGAGAGCCCGUGUGAGAAUGGCCUGAUAGACUACACUGGGCGCAGGAAGCGGCGACUGUGUCUCGUGCUGGACUGCCUCAUUCCCCACGACUUCUCCCCGAGAACGGCCGAUCUCGUCAACCUCCAGCACUAUGUCAUCAAGGAGAAGAAACUCACAGAGAAAGAAGCCAUCGUCAUCUUCUUUGAUAUUGUCAGAGUCGUCGACAGUCUCCAUAAGAAGAAUAUUGUGCACAGAGAUCUAAAGCUUGGCAACAUGGUUCUGAACAAGAGCACUCGGCGCAUCACCAUCACCAACUUCUGUCUGGGAAAACAUCUCGUCUCAGAAAGCGAUCUGUUGAGGGAUCAGCGUGGAAGUCCAGCAUACAUCAGUCCUGAUGUACUUAGUGGGAAGCCGUACCUGGGAAAACCAAGUGACAUGUGGGCUCUAGGUGUUGUCCUUUUCACCAUGUUGUACGGCCAGUUUCCCUUUUAUGACAUGGUCCCACAGGAGCUGUUCAGGAAGAUCAAGUCUGCUGAAUAUACAAUCCCCAAUGAUGGCCGUGUGUCCGAGAACUCACUUAUGGUGAUUCGUCGAUUACUUAUUUUGGAUCCACAAACUCGUAUGACUGCCAGCCAGGUUUUGGAUGCUCUUGGAAUGAUUAUCACCACUUGGAAAGCUAUGACUGUGGUAGGACCACUGCAGAUUGUCCCAGACAUGGAUGAUGGGUGUCUGCAAAUAAUCAACAAAACAACACCACCGUCCCCAAGUUCAUCGGCACCUAGUGACCUGGAGAUUAAGCUACAUCAACUACAGUCGGACAAUGUACAUCACGACUGGCAGCCGAAACCCAUACUAGCCAGGAAGAAAGUUGGUCCAACUCAGACACUGAUCAGACGAGUUAACGCAGAUGCCCAGCCUUUGAAUGCUAUAGAAUUGGUCACACACAGACAUAUAAUUCAUCAGCCAAGGAGCUGAGCAUAUAUUUACGUUGGUCAACGGCAAAGAAAAUGUUAUAUCUAUCAUAUCUUAUACAAAGUAAGGGGAGAAUCGAGAUGUUUGAUGACCUGGAUGAGGCUUCAGAUGAUCUACACAAAUCUUCAGAGGUGCAGCUAAAGUUAAUAUGAAACAUUACAUAAUCAGUACCCAUUGUUUGGAUCCCAACAUGAGUUUGAAUAUCUGACAUGUGAAAACGUUUGGAUGGGAUUCUUCUGAGUUAUCUCUCCCUUUUGUCCAUUGCUCCUCAAUAAGUUUUGGAUUGGCUAGAUGGACAGAUGGGACAUACAUACAUGAUUUUAGUUACAGCAAAGUAAUAUUACACCUGUCAAUCCUUCCGAUCUACAAGUGUGAUUGUUGUGGCAUAAACAAGGCUUCCCGAUUGAUCCAGAUGUUUAGUCUUCAUCUCCAACAGGACGUUUUGAGCCAGGGGUUACUGGGUGGAAGGCAUGAUUUUUCAUGUAUAGCUACUUAAAAUUUCAAAUAAUAGAAAAGCUUAUUUUAAAAUGUUCCAGAAUACUUACAUUGUCUAGAAUGUAAAACACUAAUAAAGGAGUAUGCCUUCAAUCCCACUCACCCCUUUGUAGUUUGCAUCCUUGUUAACAUUAUUAAUAACUAGAUUUAUAUAUACCUACCCUCACCCGACUCCUCCAAAUCGUAAAAUGUCCUGUGAUUGGCUAAUUUGCUCUGGACAUAACCCUCCAGCUUUGUCUGUGUUUCAGGUGUUGGUCCCACCUGUAAUCUGAUUCUGCCCAUGUUGUUUGAUAGAACAUUAUUGCCCACUGGACUGGAUUAGCCACCAUUUGCAUGGUGCUGGAUAAAUCUGUCUAGCCUUCCAGGUCUAGACAAUUUAUAAAUAUGCCUAACGACAUAACUCAUGUGUUAAAUUGAUUGAAUUCUGUUGAAUUACUUAUUCCCCAAAUUGCCAUUUCACGUUGGAUCAUUGUUUUAAAAAUAUUUAAACAAAGUAAUAUUUUUAACUUUAUAUUUAUGGUUAAGUUAUUACAUUUUCAUGUCAUUGCAUAAUCUGGACUAUCUUUUUCUGCAUAAGAUCAAAUGAGUUUGUAGGUGAAAUGUUUAUGAAUCGUUAUACAAUAAAGAAACAGUAGCUUACAAAAUUAAUAUUUUGUAACUGUAAUUAAAUGGGCAAUGACAAAAUCAAUCACCAUUAUGAAGUGUAGAUAUGGCAGUUCUAACCCUUGGGACUAAAUGAUUUUGUACGGGUCCAAAAAUAACCCUACAUUUUGUCACUCCGGUUGUAAUUAUCUAUACCUCAUAAUGGUGAUGUAUGCUAUUAAUAACCCUGUUUUUUUAAACUCUACAAAACUGGCUUUUGUUUGAUGUUAUUUUUACAUGUAGCUAUAAUCAUGUUGAACUGUUAACAAUCAUAGUGCUGUCUGUUAAUAAUCAAGGUUGAUAGAAAAGGGAAACCUUUCUGCCUAUCAGUAUCACUCUGAUUUGAUCAAUAAUAUAUUAUUCUUAUGUAA